GAACCUCUGGAGACGUUCUUGAGUAGAACCAAAGGGAAUGUUUCCCAUGGCUUGAAACGGGGAAAUGGCUGGGGAGAUGGACACAGAUCAGAGGUUCAGCUGGGAACCUAUCCCGGAAAGAAAACGGGUGAAUCCAUUCCAUGUGGCGGAGCAUCCCAAGGAAAUGAUCCCAAGGAAAUGACCGUCCAGCAGACAAGUCACAAUGACAAAAAAUCCUACAAAUGCCUUGACUGUGGGAAAAGCUUUCGUCAUAGCUCAAGGUUUAUUAUACAUCAAAGAAUCCACACAGGAGAAAGGCCCUAUAAAUGCCCCGAGUGUGGGAAAAGUUUCAAUCACAGCUCAAACUUUUUUCAGCACCGGAGAACACACACAGAAGAAAGACCCUAUAAAUGCCGUGAGUGUGGGAAAGGCUUCAGCUUGAAAUCGACCCUAGUUAAGCAUCAGCUGAUCCACAGAGGAGAGAAACCCAAUAAAUGCCUGGAGUGUGGGAAAAGUUUCAUCCAGAAGUCACAUCUUAUUAUACAUCAGAGAGUGCACACCGGAGAGAGACCCUUUAAAUGCCAUGUGUGUGGGAAAAGUUAUAUUGAUAACUCCAAGCUUACAAGACAUCAGCAAACCCAUGCAGGUGAGCGACCUUUUAAGUGCCUUGAGUGUGGGAAAGCUUACACUUGGAAAUCAAACCUUACUAUACAUCAGAAAAUCCACACUGGGGACAACCUCCAUACAUGCUUGGACUGUGGGAAAACUUUCAGUCGGAGCUCACACCUUCAUCAUCACAUGAGAAUGUUCCCAGGAGAAAUACCCUUUAAAUGCCUUGAGUGUGGGAACAAUUUCAAUUGUAAAUCAGCCCUUAAAUCACAUCAGAAAACCCACACUGGAGAGAAACCCCAUAAAUGCUCGGAGUGUGGGAAAACUUUCAGUUGCAACUCACGCCUUCUUGCUCACAGGAGAAUGCACUCAGGAGAAAGACCCUUUAAAUGCCUCGAGUGUGGGAAAGGAUUCAGUUGUAAAUCAGCCCUUAAAUCGCAUCAGAAAACCCACACUGGAGAGAAACCCCAUGAAUGCUUGGAUUGUGGGAAAACUUUCCGUCGGAGCUCACACCUGAUUCAUCACAGGAGAAGACACUCAGGAGAAAGACCGUAUCAAUGCUUUGACUGUGGGAAAGGUUUCAGUGUGAAAUCAGCCCUUCAUACACAUCAAAAAGCCCACACUGGAGAAAAACCCUAUAAAUGCCCUGAGUGUGGGAAAGGUUUCAUUUGGAAAUCAGCCCUUAAAUCGCAUCAGAAAACCCACACUGGGGAGAAACCCCACACCUGCUUGGACUGUGGGAAAUCUUUCACUUGGGGCUCAUACCUCAUUCACCAUAGGAGAGUGCACUCAGGAGAAAGACCCUAUAAAUGCCUUGAGUGUGGGAAAGAUUUCAGUUGGCAAUCAACCCUUUAUGCACACCAGAAAGCCCACUCUGGAGAGAAACCCCAUAAAUGCUUGGACUGUGGGAAAAAGUUCAGCCAGCGCUCGUAUCUUAAUAGACAUGAGAAAAUCCACCUGAGAGAGAGGUCUUAUGAAUGCCUUGACUCUAGACACCUGUCCUCACCCCUGUCUUCCACCAGUCCCCAGACUGUGCUCCCCCCUCACCUCGGGCUGUUCUCUACAGGGGAAGUGUCCUCGGGGGCUGGUAACGCCUCCCCUCCCUGGAUCCCCCAGGGUUCUGGGCUCUGGGGAUCAAACAUGAAGGGAUCAGGCCAGUGGGUUCUGGAGAGAAAAGUGGGGAUUGAAUGGUGGGGGCUAAGGGAGCUGGGCAGCAGGGGGAGCUGGGUGCUGGGGCCAGACGUGCCCUGUGGGGAGGAGAUGAGGGGGCACGUUCUCCCUAAAUGCCAUGGGCAGGAGGAGCAAGGUGCAGAGCUUCUGGGUGGACCAGAACACUAGAAGGGGGGCCAGUUGCUCCUUUGGCCCUAGAACAGUCGGACUAAGAAAGAAGCUCUAAGGGCUGCAGCCGCAGGCCCCAGGAUAAGCGGGGAUCUAUUCGACCGGGGUCCUGGGCUGCAACCCAUAAAGCUGCUGUGUUCUGGAUCGGCCCUUCCUUUCAGCAGGGCGAGAGGCAACAUCGCUAAAAAUGUUUCCCCAACUUUUUGGGCUUAGUGCGGAUCAUUUCUAGAUGGGAAGAUUCGUCCUUCUUUUUCUUUUAUUAAAAGUGAAGUGUUGCAAUGAAUACAAC